AGAAAGAUGGCGGCGGCCUGAGCCGAGGUCCGCGUACGACUUCGUGGGUGCUCAGCUGCGCUCCUCAGACCCGGCGCAUCAGAAAGCCGGGGGAGUCCCUGGCUGGUGGCAAUGACAUCCAGGCAGACUUCCCUCUGUGGUCUGGCUGCUCAUGGGCUCUGGUUCUUGGGCCUUGUGCUUCUGAUGGAUGCAUCUGCUAGACCUGCCAACCACUCAUCCACUCGGGAAAGAGCAACCAACAGGGAGGAAAAUGAAAUUAUACCACCAGACCAUUUGAAUGGGGUGAAGCUGGAAAUGGAUGGGCACCUCAACAAAGACUUCCACCAGGAGGUUUUCCUGGGAAAGGACAUGGAUGGGUUUGAGGAGGACUCAGAGCCACAGAGAAGCCGGAGGAAGCUGAUGGUCAUCUUUUCCAAGGUAGAUGUGAACAUGGACCGGAGGAUCAGCGCUAAGGAGAUGCAGCACUGGAUCAUGGAGAAAACAGCAGAGCACUUCCAGGAGGCUGUCAAGGAAAACAAACUACACUUCAGGGCUGUAGACCCUGAUGGUGAUGGCCGUGUGUCCUGGGAUGAAUAUAAAAUGAAGUUUUUGGCAAGCAAAGGCCACAGUGAGAAAGAGAUUGCUGACGCCAUCAGAAACCAUGAGGAGCUCAAAGUGGAUGAGGAGACACAGGAAGUCCUUGGGAACCUGCGAGAUCGAUGGUAUCAGGCAGACAAUCCUCCUGCAGACCUGUUGCUGACUGAGGACGAGUUCCUUUCAUUCCUUCACCCUGAGCACAGCCGUGGCAUGCUCAAGUUCAUGGUUAAGGAGAUCGUUCGGGACUUGGAUCAGGAUGGUGACAAGCAGUUGUCUCUGUCUGAGUUCAUCUCCCUGCCUGUGGGUACUGUUGAAAACCAGCAAGGACAAGACAUUGAUGACAACUGGGUGAAAGACAGGAGAAAAGAGUUUGAGGAACUGAUUGACUCCAACCAUGACGGGAUUGUGACCAUGGAGGAGCUGGAGAACUACAUGGACCCCAUGAACGAAUACAAUGCCCUCAAUGAAGCCAAACAGAUGAUCGCCAUUGCUGAUGAGAACCAGAACCAUCAUUUGGAGCCUGAGGAGAUCCUCAAGUACAGCGAGUUCUUCACUGGCAGCAAGCUAAUGGACUAUGCCCGCAAUGUGCAUGAGGAGUUCUGAGCAUGCCCCUCCACUGGGGCCAGAUCGCCAGUAUACAGUCUGACCCUUUCCACACCUCAAGGAGGCUGUGGUCCAGUGAGACCUGUGGUUGACUCGGUCUGGAUUGGGUCAGAAAUUCUAUCUACCCUGUGUCUGUGGGCUACCAUAGGCCCCUAAAAGUGCUGCCCCAGAACCUUCCUUUUUCUGCUGUGUCCAUAUGCUCUGGCUCAGCUCCUGCCACAGCAUGGCCUAGGCUUAUUAAAGAUAUGCUUAAUAGGC